UCACCCUCCUCCCUUUCUCUGCAAAGUCUUCCUGAUCUUUAUACUUCCUGCAAGUCCCUCCUCCUCCUUACUCUCACCCCCGGACUCCAAAAACACUAAUUGCCAGGGUGGGUCAAUGGUUAACGCUCCACUAGCUUUAUAUAAGCCUGCCCUGGCCACCUACCUGCUUUAGUCAGCCCUUAGUCCCCUGGAGUCCAGAAGAGACCAUAGCUCCAGCUGCCCCCUUCUGGGUCCGCACCAUGGCCACCUACUGUCAGCCCCUUUGGGCCUAUCGCUUCUACCUGAUUGCGGUGAUCCUGCCCAUUCUCCUGCUGCCUCUGCCCAUCCUCAUCCCCGAUAAGAAAAUCUACUGUGGCUACUCCAUCAUCCUCAUGGCGCUCUUCUGGAGCACGGAGGCUCUGCCGCUGGCUGUCACUGCCUUCUUGCCCAUCGUCCUGUUCCCCAUGAUGGGCAUAAUGACUGCUUCCGAGGUCUGCCUCGUGUACCUUAAGGACACCAAUAUCCUAUUCAUCGGUGGGCUGAUGGUGGCCAUUGCGGUCGAGCAUUGGAACCUGCACAAACGCAUCGCCCUCCGAGUGCUCCUCAUCGUCGGGGUGCGGCCCGCUCUGCUGAUGCUGGGCUUCAUGCUGGUCACAGCCUUCCUGUCCAUGUGGAUCAGCAACACGGCCACCACGGCCAUGAUGGUGCCUAUCGCGCACGCCGUCCUGGAGCAGCUGCACAAGAGCCCCGCGGGCCAGGACCUCGAGGAGGGCAAGGACAACCCCACCUUCGAACUUCAGGAAGCAGGUCUCCAGAAGGAAGCGACCAAACUUGAUAAUGGGCAGGUCCACCCUGUCCCACCUGGUCCUUUGAAGUCAAAGUCACAGAGGGACCAGGAACAGCUCCGCUUUUCCCAGGGCAUGAGCCUGUGCGUGUGCUACUCGGCCAGCAUCGGGGGCAUCGCCACACUGACUGGCACCACACCCAACCUGGUGCUGCAAGGCCAGGUCAACGAGCUCUUCCCAAAGAAUGACAAUGUGGUGAAUUUUGCCUCCUGGUUCGCCUUUGCCUUCCCCACCAUGAUCAUCUUGCUGCUGCUUGCCUGGCUGUGGCUCCAGGUUCUCUUCCUGGGGUUCAACUUCCGGAAGAACUUUGGCUUUGGGGGACAGGUGCAGGAGCAAGAGAAGGCGGCCUUCCAAGUCAUCAGAAAAGAGCACAAGCAGCUGGGCCCUAUGACCUUUGCAGAAAUUACUGUCACAUUCCUCUUUGUCCUCCUGGUGCUGCUCUGGUUUACUCGGGAGCCAGGCUUUUUCCCCGGCUGGGGCAACUUGGCUUUUCCCGAUGACAAAGGGAAAAGCAUCGUGUCCGAUGGGACAGUGGCCAUCUUCAUCAGCAUAAUUAUGUUCAUCGUGCCCUCCAAGAUCCCAGGGCUGACUCAGGAUCCAGAAAAACCAGGGAAGCUGAAGGCCCCUCCUGCCCUUCUCAACUGGAAGACAGUGAAUGAGAAAAUGCCCUGGAAUAUCAUGAUCCUGUUGGGAGGCGGCUUUGCCCUGGCCAGAGGCAGUGAGGAAUCGGGCCUGUCAGCGUGGCUGGGGCAGAAACUGACCCCACUGCAGGAUUUGCCUGCUCCCGCCAUCACCUUCAUCCUCUGCCUCCUGGUGGCGACCUUCACCGAGUGCACCAGCAACGUGGCCACCACCACUCUCUUCAUGCCCAUCCUGGCCUCCAUGGCCCAGGCCAUCUGCCUCCACCCUCUCUAUGUCAUGCUCCCGUGCACCCUGGCCGCCUCCCUGGCCUUCAUGCUGCCUGUGGCCACCCCGCCCAAUGCCAUCGUCUUCUCUUUCGGAGGCCUCAAAGUGUCUGAUAUGGCCCGGGCGGGAUUCCUGCUCAACAUCCUCGGCGUGCUGGUCAUCAUGCUGGCCAUCAACAGCUGGAGCUACCCCAUCUUCGGCCUGCACACCUUCCCCUCCUGGGCCCACCUCAACACCACCUCCCAGUGCCUGUCCGGCCAGGCAAACGCCACCAUGCUUGGCCCCUAG